UCAGUUUGGCAGAAGGGGUUCAGGAGUCAAACCGAGCUCGCUGAUCAAAAUGGAUAAACGGGUUGGAACGCUAGACGAACUCAAAGCCCAGUUACACAGAGCUUUCGAAAAUGACAGGGUCGACGUGGAUUUUGUCAAAGACUUGAUGGAAUCCUACAAGAGUAAUGAGGCCGAAUGGAAGAAGUACGCCAUAUUCGAUCGAUACAAGUACACGAGGAAUUUGGUGGACGAAGGCAACGGCAAGUUCAACUUGAUGCUGCUCUGCUGGGGUGAGAGCCACGCUUCACCCAUUCACGAUCACGCCGACGCUCACUGCUUCAUGAAAAUGUUGAAGGGGACACUCAAAGAGGUGCGAUUUGAUUGGCCAAAAGAAUGCGACUGCGAGGCUACAGACGCGGCGUGUGAGCAGUUAAAAGAGAAAAGCUCCGCGUUGCUAAAAUUGGAUGAAGUCUGUUACAUAAACGAUUCGAUGGGAUUACAUCGUAUGGAGAACCCCAGUCACGUAGAAGGUGCGGUUUCGCUGCAUCUGUACAGCCCACCUUACGACACGUGUCACAUGUUUGACCAGCGAACGGGAAAGAAGUCUGAAGCCAAAGUGACGUUUUGGAGCCGAUAUGGCGAGAAAGUUUCAACGAUAACGACCCCCGAGUCCUGCAGUCCCGCGGCUAGCAGCUGUUGCUCUGGUAACAAGAACUAAGCACAAGAAAAAAAAAAGACGAACCUGAAAUUUACACUGACUGAAUCGACAGUACCGGAGGCAAUCACACCCAGUUCAAAUCGAGAUGUCUCUUCCUCCUCAACAAUUGCCUUUAAACGAACUUAUGGUAGCCAGUCUAAAUGAAAAAUUGACCUAAUCUUACGAAUACUUGAUUAUUUUCCAAAAUGA